ACACAACACCGCAGUAUCGCGUCACCUGCCGCGCCUCUGCCGUGUCGCCAAGACCAGGAUCAAGACAAGGGAACAAGAGACAAGAGUAGAGGCGGACGUUGCAAGGAGGCAGGCCAAGAGCAGCGAACAGACCCCGUCAGGUCCUCAUGAUUUCCUUCGCCAUCCCGGAAUUCGCGACAUGGGAGGGAAAGAUCUUCGUGGGGGUGCUAGGCUUCUCCUGGGCCACCUACAUGUGGGAGGAGUACCUGGCGUACAGACAGCGGCGAGUGUAUCGGGAGAAGAAGGAGCCGCCGGUGGAGCUGAAGGACAUCAUGGAGAAGGACUCUUAUGACAAGGCCCGGGCAUACAGCAUAGACAAAAGUAACUUUGGCCUCAUCUCGGGGGCCUUUGAUCAGGUGGUGGGCACAGGAGUGAUGGUGUUUGGAGGGUACUCAGCAUUGUGGGCUAUAUCGGGGAAGGUGGCAGAGUGGUUGGGCUUCCCUGCCAGUGGCGAGAUUCCCCAGACAGUGGUGUUUGUGGGGCUGCGUUCCCUGCUGUCCACCCUCAUCAACCUGCCCUGGUCUGUCUACUUCACCUUCUGGGUGGAGCAGAAACAUGGUUUCAACAAACAGACUCCUGGAUUCUUUAUAAAGGACACUCUGAAGAAAUUUAUUGUAACCCAAGUCAUCUCAGCACCUGUUGUCUCCUCCUUAGUGUACAUCAUAAAGGUAGGUGGUGACUACUUCUUCAUCUACCUGUGGGGCUUCACAACAGCUGUCAUGCUCUUCCUCAUGACAAUAUACCCAAGCUGCAUCGCUCCUCUGUUUGACAAGUACACUCCACUCCCUGAAGGUGACCUGAGAACAAAGAUAGAGGCACUGGCAAAACAAAUAGACUUCCCCUUGACCAAACUCUACGUGGUGGAAGGCUCCAAGCGUUCUGCUCACAGCAAUGCUUAUUUCUAUGGGUUUUUCAAGAAUAAGCGCAUCGUUCUGUACGACACACUGCUCGAGGAUUACACACCGCUCAAUGAGGACAAUUCAGAAAGCGAGAAAGAAGAAGUGAAAGAGAAGAAGACAGGAUGCAGUACUGAGGAGGUACUGGCAGUGCUUGGACACGAGCUAGGGCACUGGAAGUUGAAUCACGUCCUUAAGGGUAUCAUUAUAUUCCAGGUUAACUUGUUCCUGGUGUUCAGUGUGUUUGGGUCGCUUUACAAGUACUCGCCACUGUACCGAGCUUUCAGCUUCACUCAGAGUCAGCCAGCCUUCAUUGGACUUAUCAUUGUCAUGCAGUACGUCUUUGCUCCUUACAAUGAGAUCCUUCAGUUCCUGCUCACAAUGUUCAGCCGUCACAACGAGUUCCAGGCCGACAAGUUUGCCAGAGAACUUGGGUUCUCAGAGAAGCUUAAGAUGGCCUUAAUCAAACUGAAUGAGGACAACCUUGGCUUCCCUGUAUAUGACCCUCUUUACUCUGCCUGGCACCACUCCCACCCUCCUAUUCUAGAACGCAUCAGGGCUCUAGAGGCCAAGGCAAAGGAAGAUUAAAAGGUGUCUGCAGCACAAUGGUCCAUGUUCUCAGACAUUUCAGCAUUUUAUCGUAACUAUUUUCAUCCAGCUCUAGUGGAAAUUAUUAGAGCUUUCAAGAGUGUUUUCAUGGUAAGAGUGAGUGUUUAAUGGGUUUUCGUGGAAGUUAUUAGGGUGUCAAGGGUGCUUUCAUGAUUCAAGUGAAAAUUUUUUUAGCAAAGGAUCCUAUACUUUUAAGACUCCAGUUUUUAAAUUAUUGAAGAUCAAGGGUGCUUUCAUUAGUAGUGAUAAUGUAACAAGGAUUCUGCUUCAUCAGUGGGAGAAAAAAAACACCCAUGACAACUUGACAAAUCUUGUGUGGCCUGGAGAACUAAGCUUUUCAAAAUGCAGGCCUGAGACACCAAGGAAAUCUACAACUAAAUAUGUUGUAUUAUGUAUAUUUUGCAGUGCACAGUAAUGGUAUGUAGGAGAGAUGGAGUGUGAGCUGUAGAAAGUUGUGAGAUUUAAUCAGGGAAAAGACAAAAAAAAAUGAGCAUUAGUAGCGAGGGAGAAGGAUACUAGGAAUACUUAACAAGGCAGGUAUAUUGGGGUGAUAUUUGGUCAUUGUCUAAUUCUAUAAGGUUGGAUGUUGUGUGCAGUAAUUUCUUCCUUUUCCUAUUUCUAUAACAAAAAUUUAAUCAUGCUUUUUGUCAUCCACCCUUCAAUAUUUCUUCCUUCAUUUUCCUCCACUUCAUUAAAGUUUUGUUUUAUUUAACUACAUGUUUGUGUGUUCGUAUGUGUCCACAUUCCUCUACCAUUCCCAAAAACUAAUCAAAUUUCCUUAAUCAUUCUCUUGCUUUUCCCCUUCCUCUUUCCCUCCUGCUGUUCCCCAGGCACUAACAAUACCAGCAUCCCUUCCUGGCAAACUUCUCUUUCCAUCCUGCAGUACUGAUUCUGUUGGCACACGCAGCAGCCUUCAAGGAUUAGCACACGACACAUUGAUUUGUACACUGAUUUGAAUAUAUUCAGUAUUUCUAGAGGAUCAUUUGUGAUUUAUAGAUUGAAGAUUAUUUUUGAUGAAGAGCCAGAUUUUUCUUAUUGUUAUUCCUACACCUUUAGUCAACUGAUUGUGAUUUGUGUGUGUUUGUAGUUUUUGUAUGUGUGUGUGAGAGCGAGUUCCUUUUUGUCUGCUUACCUACUUUUACUCUCUGUGAGUGAGAGCACCCUACCAGAGAUCACAUGUAGACUUUAAAUAGAAAAAUUGGCCUGCAUGAGAAGAUACAUACAUAUCCCAACCUUGGGGAUUCUGUGCUCAGGGUUUCUUAAUUUUCUUCAAGGGAUCUUUUGUACACCAUGUUCAUGUUGCCCUCUGAGGAAGUGGCUGCUUAGAGGCACACUGAACACACAGAGACAGCAAGUGAGUUAUCAAAGCAGCACACUUGAGAGGCACAUUUUAUUGUUACUGUAUAUGUUAGGAAAUACUGUGACAAGAUGAACACACCUGUCUGUCUAUUCUCAAGCUUUUCUGUCUUAUCUUGACUACUUUUAACAGGCUUCACUGGAAGUUAUUGGGAGUUUUCAGGGAUGUUUUCAUGAUUUUAGUGAUAGUUUAACAAGAAUUAUAUAUAGAAAGAAAAUACCCAACAGAAACAAUGUUUACAUUGUCAUCUCUGUAGUCUUUGAAAAGUACCCUUAUGAGAGAAAAAUUUUUAAGAAUUCUGGCAUUACCACUACAUUAGUGUGAGGCGACAUCAGCAAAGAGGGACUGCAGUAACUUAAUGCUGCUUGGGCCCAGAAGACAAGGCAUGUAACAGCCAGGUAGUUUAAAUGUUUAGCAAAUAAGAAACAAUUUAUUACAGGUAUUUUGUGCAUCUUGGCUCUGGAGGAUAAUGAUGAAAUCUGCCUCUUAGUAAGUGACUAACACCUGCUCUGUCCGUGUUGUACAGGAGAUCUUUUCUGUCACACUUAUACAUACAAGAAGACAGGAAGUACAAGACUGACUAACAGCACAAACCAUUUUUUAAUAUGUGUAUCUUUACAAAAUGCUGUUGUUAUGGUCAGUUUAAUAAAUAUUUGUAAUCUUCA